UCGAGGCCACGGUCACGACAACAAACUCGCGACGCGACGCACACUAGCGCCAGCACGGCCGUCUGUGAAUGUUGUGACUUCUGUCAAUAAUGCAAAUUACUUAGUGUUAAUUGUGUUUCAAAUAAGAUUUGUGUAGAUUAAGUGCAUUAAUCAUAUCCAAAAUGAAUAUAAAAGCGGCGCUGGCCAUGACCAUGGUCUUUGUUGGGUGUUGUUCCAACGUAGUGUUUUUAGAGAUGGUCGUGAAAGAAGACCCUGGUGCUGGUAAUCUGGCAACCUUCCUGCAGUUCCUGUUUAUAGCAACUGUUGGGUUCUGCACCGUGGGGAAGUUCGGUACCGCCAAAAGGAACAUACCGUUCAAACAGUACCUCAUAUUAGUUGGAUUUUUCUGGACUAGUAGCGUGGCGAACAACUAUGCGUUCGAUUUCAAUAUCUCCAUGCCGCUUCACAUGAUCUUCCGGGCUGGUUCUCUGAUGGCGAACAUGGCUAUGGGCGUAUGGAUCCUCAAGAAGCAGUACCCGUUUUUGAAGUAUCUAGCCAUAUUCAUGAUAUCCGGUGGCAUCGCAGUUUGCACAAUACAAUCGAGCGGAGACGUGAAAGCACCGAGAGAGACACACGAAGAUGCUGCUGAGGAAGAGAGACUGAAAUUCAUCGACUGGUUGUGGUGGUGUCUGGGUAUAGCCAUAUUAACAUUCGCCCUAUUCGUGUCGGCCAGAAUGGGGAUAUUCCAGGAGUCACUGUAUUCCAAAUACGGGAAGCAUCCGUGGGAGGCGUUGUAUUACACGCACUUGAUGCCGCUCGUGUUUUGGCUGCCGACCGCGUCUAAUCUAAUUUCGCAUAUUAGAUUAGCGACAGAGACGCCAUCUAUAGAGUUCCUAGGUCUAGUACUGCCGAGGCAGGUUCUCUGGCUGAUCUUGUAUGUAUCAACGCAGGGUUUGUGCAUUAGUGCAGUAUACGUAUUAACAACUGAGUCCGCUUCCCUGACCGUUACUCUAACGGUUACUCUGAGGAAGUUUGUAUCAUUACUUUUCUCGAUUGUGUACUUUAGAAAUCCCUUCACAUUGGGACACUGGAUCGGGACUUUACUAGUGUUUAUAGGUACAUUGAUAUUCACUGAGUUACUGCAGAAAUUCGUUGCGCUCUUCGUGCCUAAGAGAGACGAGAAGAAGAUUAAAUAAAUGUGAUUCAUCAUCACCAUGUCAGCCGUUCUCUGUCCACUGCUGAACAUAACCCCCAUAGACUGCCAAAGGAACGGGGUCGUUCCUUAUGGUAGUUUACUGUCGAAGGAAUUUUGACAGUAAAUGUCACGAUUGACAGGCAAAUUGGCAACUGCAAUUAGGCUUUGGUGAUGUUUGAAAUGUAAUGUGAUUAUUAUUAGUAAAUUAUAGUACAAUAAUUGCUUAUUUAAUUAGGAUUUUAUAAUUGAACAAAUUAAAAAAAGAAAAAAACUAUUUUUCAAAUGCGUUACAAUUCUUUCGGGAAUCUUGAAUGGUUAAAAAAUGAGUGUCACGUAUUUAAUUGCUGGGAGAUAUGGGUUCUAAUUUUGUAGUUUUCAAUCAUUAUUUAAUAAUAGUAAUAAAAAAAAAAUAAGUGGAAAGUCGCUCAAUUUACUAUAUUAAAUGAUACUUAGAAUUUGUGGUCCAAUUUUUUAUGUCAUCUGCCAUCUCGUGUACCUAUUUGAGUUUAGAGGUUAGGUAUAGAUUGUCUACGUUAACAUGGCACGCUUCUCCAACUUUUUACUUCAAUUUGUGUUACCAUAUACAGACGUGGUGCUCUGUUUUGUUUAAAAGGAAACGUCUUCAGUAGCGAGUAGAAGUAUAUUCCUUGGUCGAAACUUUAUUAAUAUUUUUACUCGUACAUUUUUAAUCCUUUGGAUUUUAGAGAGGUAUGCCUUGUUAACGUAGAAAAUCUAUGCAUUGUAUUUUGUUUUGUUAUCGAGUAUACAUGUUAAGUGAUACUGAAGUAGAUAUUUCUAAGUUUCAUCUGUUUGACAUAUAUAUAUAUAUACUUGAAUCAUAUUUAUCAAUUCCCUUAUUGUUGAUUUUAAUGGCAGCCUAAGUCAAUGACAUUUUAAUAUAACUAGUUAACACUAACUUACAAAUUCUCGUUUUUUUUUUACCUUAAAAACUAUGUAUUAUAAAUAUAUAUAUAAAAAAAAAUACAUAUAUGAAAUUACAAUCGCAGAGUACUCACAAAUUUAUUUGAGAGUCGGCACCACUAUAUAGACGAAACUGUAAAAUGAAUCUAUGCAACCACGUAGAAGUAUCAACACAAUCAAAUAAAUGUAUAUUAAUAGUUUUUUUUUUGUAACUAUGUGUAAUAUAUUAAUGUAAGAAUACCCAGAUUAACUUGCGUGUAUUUUAGUUGAAAAUGUAAUAAAUAAUUUUAGUUUUGUAAUAUCCUAUAAAGGUUCACAAGCGACAUUGUGAUACGCCUACUAAUGAAGUCCAAUUAAUAUCUAAAAAUACUUUUUUGUUUUUAUUUUAAUAUUUAAACAGAUUUUAUUUCCAGUAUAUCAUGUGAACUAUUAGUUAUCAAUCAAUUAAUUCGAUAAAAAAUGAUUUAUCACAAUUCGCGUUAUCUCAGUUUUAUUAAAAUGUCAUUGUAAUAGUGAUUUUCAUAUUUCAGUAUUAGGAUUAUAAUGUUAUAUUAUUCAGAUCAUAUUAUAUAUUUACUUUUGAAUAUAAGAAUGGAAACAAUACAAAAUUUGAAGUUGGAAUUGAAUGGAAAUAAAAAUAAAUUAUUAAUUACAAUUCUCUA